CUCCAGUUAUUUACCACUUUCAUCUCACAACUUCAGCUUCCUUGCCCCAAGUAUAAACAAAAACCCCAGCUAUCGUCCAUCUCUCUUCUCUUCUGUGCAAUCAAAGCUCUCCAAUUAGUGAACAUGGACGGGUACGGGUACGGGUCGGGUCAAAGGGGUGACAGAAGGCUGGAGAUUGUGAGCGGGAAGGGUUUUGGGUUUGGCAAUAGCAACCAGAUCUUCGCGACUCGGCCACACUCACCCAAUGUGGCAUCGAUGCCGCCUCGGCGGAGUCUGAGCAGUUCGUCAAAGCCCUGGGGGGGGUUGACUGAUCCUGAGAUGAAAAGAAAGAAACGGAUUGCCAAGUACAAGGUUUACACGGUGGAAGGUAAAGUCAAGGCUUCUUUGAGGAGAGGGAUCUGCUGGAUCAAGAACAAGUGCUCUAAGAUCAUACAUGGAUACUAGUUGGAAAUACCGGCGGCUCUGAUUCUUACACGUCGGAUGCACUGUCAUGUCUUGUGGUUCCUGUUGGUGAUGUGGCGGGCAGCAUUGUUGCUGGAAAUUGGUAAGCACUGGCAUCGAUUUUUUCUAAACCUUAAACGCUGGAUCUCUGGGUGUUUUUGGUGGGUCAAAUAUUUACGGGAUUCUUUAAGUUGGGAGAUUUUCAUAGAUAAUAGACUUGAUUGCUGUUUUCUUCUUCUUCUUCUUUUUGUAUGUAUGCAAUGGCAUAGAUUGCUGCUUUUUGUUGAUCACAACUGUUCUACGUUUUUAUUUGUAAUUUCGAUCAAAGAUUAAUACGAAAUCUUGCAAAGCUCCUGAACCA